AUGUCAGAAGUAAUUGCAACUGUUACUACUCUCGCUGAUGGAACCAUGGCCCCCGUGAUCGGAUAUCAAGUCCCCUCGGGAACCGUUGCACCAAAUUCGAACCUGGUCACUCCCACCGAAUUCGAUUGCCAUGAACGCGCAAAACGUGAUCCGAAUCAGCCGGAGAUGUGCACCACCACCACCACCUCCACUACCACCACAGUUGUGACCAUACCUCGGGAACUCACUGUCGGUUUACAUUCCUCACUGUCAUUGGAUCAAAUAUCCCCAAUUUUCGUAAAACCCACCACACACACCAAACCAUUAGCGAUCGUAAAGUCUUCUUCAAACCUGGAAGUGAUCGGUGCUGGCCUGAUGCGUACAGGCACAACAAGUUUAAAAAGAGCACUCGAAUUGUUGUACCAUUCACCUUGUUACCAUAUGUCAGAGGUGGCUUUCAAACACAAACAAUCGCACAUCAGAAUGUGGAUUCAAGCUCUGACACGAAGACCAACCUCUCAUAGCCAGCUAGCCUCUGGACACGCACCCGGAAUGCCGUUUGAGAAAAUGCUUCAACACCUCUAUCAAGGGUACACGACCGCGGUAGAUUAUCCUACAUGUGCAUUCUACAAAGAGUUAAUGGCUAUGUUCCCAAAUGCCAAAGUUAUAUUAACCGUGAAAGAUCCCUACGAGUGGGUCCAGAGCUGUAGAGUCACAACCUUAUCCCCCAUUCUAGUUGGUCGCCUCAGUUGGGGAGAUCGUCUAUACUACUGGCUUCGAGGGAUCAAAAAUUUACCCGAGUUGCACAAACUGAUGUUUUCCCAAACUCUGGGUACCACAUUCAACGAGCUGACAGAUUUCGAAUUGAUGAAGGCAUAUCAAGAAUGGAACGACCAGGUGAUCGCCACAGUUCCAGCUGAUCGUCUGUUGAUUUACAACGUGAAGGACGGUUGGGAUCCGUUGUGCGAGUUUCUGGAUAGGCCACAACCAAACGGGAUCACCAAAUUCCCACAUCUGAACAAAAGAGCCGAUAUGAGCAAGGUUUUCUCCAUCUGGGUUUUGGACAAUCGGAAGGUUAAUCAUGUAUUCCGUAUCUCAGGCUGA